AGCAUCGCCAUAGCAUGUAGCGCGGAUGCCGACUCACCGGCGGAAGUGUAAGCCUUGUCAGCAAGGUGGGCAGUCAGCCUGCAGGGCUUGGAUGGCAGUCUGAGGGUCUGCGCUCAGCAUGGCCGAAGAAUGGCAUAAGUGUGCAGUGACUGUAUCCUCGAUGGGGGGCAUGCGCACGUAUUCGUGGGCUUCCGCCCCGUCUACGUGGGAAAAGAGAGACUGCGUGGGAGCGUGGACUCGCACCAAUUGGGGUGCAAACUACGACUUCACGACGUGCUCAUGGACAUCUGGGAAGAAGCAGCCUGAAGAUCUCCUCGAAGCAGCCCGGCGGCCCGACUAGAAGUGCCAGGAGUCGAGUUUACUCCUGGCUGGUUCUUCCGGAGCAUCCCAGCUGAGGUCAAGUUCCUUAACCGCCUUAGCAAAAGCCCUGAUGAGCUCAUCAUGGAGGUCAGCAGGGCCCUCGGUGUCGGGGCGAUCCAGCUCCAACUCUGCCCAGUCCUUUCCGAAGCCGAGAUGGACAUGGAGUCCUUUUCCUCAUCAGCAGUGAAGGAGAUGAAGUCCACGGCGGCCCGGGGCCGAGUCGUCACCUUCGUCCCGAAGAAGGGGAAGGCCCAGGCAACUGUCGCUCUCGCCACAUUUUAUACUGGCUUGUCAGUAUUUGCAUUCAUUUGCAUAGGUUAGCGACAAUUGGCCAGUUUGUUGAACUGUCUGGCGUUAUCCUAUAAUGUUUCAGGAUUUCGGAGAAGGAGAGGAGUUCCCACUGCGAAUGCUUCGCAAUGUAAAGUGAAUGCUCGAAAGGGAACAACAUUGUAUGGCCAUGGUAAUGUACACCAAAACGAUUAUUGCUCGUGUUAUAUUGCUUAAACAUGUAAAAAAAGACAUCUUUUAAAAUAACUGCUCAUACAUGUUUUUCAGAAAGAUCUAUACGUCCACCGUAAAGAUCAUAAAGAUCGUCCUCUCCCUCUCUAAAACAAAUAAACUGACCUCUAAAAUAAAAUUUAAAAAAAAGAAAUUGCAUUAUGAAAUAUGCUCUGAUUAAGAUUAUAAAUUAUACUAAAAGCGAAUUUGGAUAAAAUCCGUCGGACUUUUAUCAUAGAAAGUGUUUAUCAGCAAUCCCUCACUACCGGAAGUAAGGCGGGGGAAACGGUCCACCCAUUACCAUCGGGAGAACAUGGAUUGCUGCUAAAUUGUGGAUAUAUACUAUUACAACAAGAGUCGUGCCUAGGUAUUACAAUAAUUCUGGAUUCUUAUUUUUAAUGUCGUAUUUGCAUUAAUGCUAAAACUGCACUGAAGCGUCAAUCCUCUGUAGGGCGUGCAGCUCGCGCUUCUGUUCACUGAUGCUGAAACCAUUAGAUCGGCCAGUGUUUUCUCAGUAUAUCUGUGUUAUCAGACGCUGACAGUGUUUUUGUCUGCUGUAAAUAGUCGCUGUCUUAUGCAUUUGAACCGCACUGAUCAUGUGAUUACACCGCGCGGCUGAUCUGAUGCUGAUUUACUUGCAUUGAUCGCUUCGGUGUGCUGGUUCCCAUAGAAACGCUUCAGAUGAGAAGAAAUGAAUUGUAAUACUAGCAUUCAGGUGAUUAGAGAGGUGUGAGUACUGUUUACUCAUAGACUGACUACCAAAACAGUGGUUUGAUAUUCUUGUUACCUUUUACAUUUUUGCUCUAAUUACGUAUUUUAUGCUUUAUGGUUGUUUUAAUAUUUACAUUUAGUUAAAAAGCCUAUAAUAGGCAGUGUAAUAGUAUGUUCUAGUGUGACAACAUGCCCCACUAUUGGAUUCAGUGAACAGUAUGUUUUUUUUCUUAGUGGUCAAUAACGGUUGAAAUGUUCAUUAGCUUUUAUUUGAAGCCCAAAUUUAAGAUUUGUGUCUAAGCCUGAGAAUUUUUUUCUUGUGUAAAAUGUGUGACAACUAGCCCCAGUCUCCUCUAUUUGUGUAGCUUGUCGGUUCAUAUAUACCACAAGAUGGGAGGCUGGAGUGUGUUUGUGUCCUGCUGUGUUUGGGCGAUUCUUCUCCUGGCACUGUUUGGAGAUUCCCUGGCAUCUGCGCCUGAGUUUGAUCCCUACAAAGUUCUCGGAGUGUCCAGACAUGCCAGCCAGGCCGAAAUCAAGAAAGUGUACAAGAGGCUCGCAAGAGAAUGGCAUCCAGACAAGAACAAAAGUCCUGGGGCAGAGGACAUGUUUAUCAAGAUCACAAAAUCUUAUGAGAUUCUGUCCAACGAGGAGAGAAGGGCAAACUAUGACCGGUUUGGUCAAAUGGACGAGAAUCAAAACUUCGCCCGAGCACCGCAGGGCUUCAGACAUUAUCAUGACAGCUUCUACUUCGAUGAGUCUUUCUUUCACUUCCCUCGGACGAGUCGCGAUUUCACAGACAGCAAGCACCUCUUUCACUACAACCAGUACAUCAAUGAGGUGCUGCCGGAUAGUUUCAAGAGGCCCUACCUGAUCAAGAUCACGUCAGAGUGGUGCUUCACCUGCAUCCAUAUUGAGCCUGUAUGGAAGGACACUGUGCAAGAACUGGAGCCAUUGGGGGUUGGUAUUGGUGUGGUGGACAUUGGAUAUGAGAGACAGCUGGCUAAUCAUCUUGGUGCCCACCGCACACCUUCCAUACUUGGUUUAAUUAAUGGCAAAGUCACUUUCUUCCACUACGCUGUGGUCAGGGAACACUUGAGACAGUUUGUGGAAAGCCUUCUGCCCCAGAAGCUGGUUGAGAAGGUGACGGAUAACAGCUACUUUGAGUUUUUAAACAGUUGGCAUGAAGAGAAUAAGCCAAGAGUGCUAAUGUUUGAUGUAGCAUCUAAUAUUCCUCUUUUGUAUAAGCUUACCGCGUUUGCCUAUAAAGACUAUGUGAGGUUUGGCUAUGUGGACAUGGGCCUGACUGAGACCUCCAAAGUCGUGCAGAGGUUCAACAUCAACACAUACGCUCCCACCAUGCUCCUCUUCAAAGAGAACACAGACAAACCGGCUGAUGUUAUACAGGCAAGAGGAAUGAAAAAACAGAUAAUUGACGAGUUUGUGUCCAAUAAUCGUUUUCUGCUGGUGCCGCGGCUGGUAAAUCAGAAGCUCUUCGAUGAGCUCUGUCCAGUUAAACAGUUCCACCGUCGCAGGAAGUACUGUGUUCUUCUCGUUACCGGUGAAGGGGAGCAGUUUGUGUCAGUGAAUGAGGCGUUCUUUGACUUCGCUUCCUCCAACACUAAAGAAGUUCUCAGGUUUGCUUAUGUUUAUCAGAGACAACAGCAGCCUCUCUGUGACACUCUGCUCAAAAAGGAAGACACAACCCCUCCACAGGUGAUUCUCCUGGAGAGACGCAGCGCUACAGGAAGGGUGUUGUAUCGGACAGUGACGGGGGGAUGGAAUGGGAGUGAUGAUGAUAAGCACCGCCUCCUUGAGCAGCUUGAGCUUCUGCAAAGAGACCCCUCCUACCUUACCCACGAUGCCAUGCUGCCUGAACUCAACAAUGAGUUUGCAUCUAUGUUUCUGAUUCAGUGGAUCAACACUGCAUAUGAUUACCUCGCUCAGUUUUACUUUGAUCUUCUCUACUCUAAUUGGCGUGAGAUGAUGCCCAUACUGUCUCUGAUCUUCUCAGCUCUUUUCAUCCUGUUUGGGACUGUAAUCAUUCAGGCCUUCAGAAGCUGUAUUGAACACCCUUUGCUUUCAACUUAUAUCUUGCAACAAACAAAUCCAAAGGAAACCAUCCUUACUUCCUCCCGCAGGUCUCAGACUCUUCACUACUCCUUUUUAAAUGUGGACAAGCACAGCCAAUGGAUGGAUUCCCUCAUGGAGUCGGCUCCCGACGCCAGGCCGUCAGACUGCUUGGACAAAGAGGAAGAAGAGGAGGACUCCACCUCCAACAAAUCAGACUACACUGGCCACGUCCUGGCACUCAACGGCCACAAGAAGUAUUUCUGCUUAUUCAGACCCGUCUUCACAGGGGAGGAAACUGAAUGUAGUAGGUGGUCCGACGAGGAUGCGGCGACGGCCGGUCCAAGCAAAGCCUCGAGGUCCCGGUCAAGUUCCCGACAGAAGGCCACCACUCUGGAGAUCCACCACAAACUGGACCGACUGGGUCUGUGGAUGGAGAGGCUUAUGGAGGGAACUCUACCACGGCACUAUGUUCCGGCCUGGCCCGGUCUGGACACCAUAACGCCGCAGAAAUAAGACUCGCGUUUGACCUCAGGCCCAUUGCAGGAGGUGUGCUGUAGUGACGUGAAAGGUGUUGAAUUCUCAACAUCUUUGUGAUCCAAAUUACUUGGUUACUUUAAAAGAUAUUAAUUUAUUCUGUAAAACGCACUGGUGAUGAGUAGAGGGUUUCUUUAUUUAGAGCACCAUGUGCUCGUCGGCUGCUUUAGGGACAAAACUCCUUUCCAUCUGUAACGUACACUGUCUUUUUGUUAGUAUGGUUGUUUCAUUACUGUAUGGAUGCCAAUACCCAGAUAAGCCACUCUGCAGCUUCCAACAG